UUUCCUUUCCUUAUUUCACUGUAUCAUUCUCUCUUUUUUCUCUAUGUUUUGGUAAACCACUUUAGGUAACCCAAAUUAGUACUAUUAUUAGUCUCAAUUAUCAUCACCAACACUACAAAUACAAACAUGGUAUCAUAUAAAAUCAAUAAAAGAGGAAAGAAAGAUUGAAACUUGAUAUCAAAUUCAAAGACCAUUUUUGUCUAAUUCAUCUAAAAAACACACACAUUGUGUUCUUUCUUAAUUAAGACAAAAGGGUGUUUUUUUUUUUUGUUUGUUUGUUUUGUUUUGUAGCAUUCUUAAAUUGAGGCUUCAAAUGAAGAGGUCUCCACCAUCUUCAAGUUCAUCAUCUUCAUCUUCUAUUGGAUUUGAGAAUCCAAUUCAAUCAGAGAAAAAAAGAGGUGCUAAGAGUAAGAAUCCAAAAAACAAUCUCAAUCUCAAGUCACAGAAUUUCAAGCAAAAGAAGAACCAAACAAAUGGUGGUAGUAGAAGAAGCUCCAUUUAUAGAGGAGUUACAAGACAUAGGUGGACUGGGAGAUUUGAAGCUCAUCUUUGGGAUAAGAGUUCUUGGAACAACAUUCAGAGCAAGAAGGGAAAACAAGUUUAUUUGGGUGCUUAUGAUACUGAAGAAGCAGCAGCUCGUACUUAUGAUCUUGCAGCACUUAAGUAUUGGGGGAAGGAUGCAACCUUGAAUUUUCCGAUAGAAACUUAUGCAAAAGAGUUUGAGGAAAUGGACAAGUCCUCAAAAGAAGAGUAUUUGGCUUCUUUGCGGCGGCAAAGCAGUGGCUUUUCUAGAGGCAUUUCUAAGUACCGUGGAGUUGCCAGGCAUCACCAUAAUGGUCGCUGGGAAGCUCGCAUUGGAAGAGUUUGUGGUAACAAAUACCUCUACUUAGGCACUUACAAAACUCAAGAAGAGGCAGCAGUGGCAUAUGAUAAGGCAGCAAUAGAGUACAGAGGAAUGAAUGCAGUGACAAAUUUCGACAUAAGCAAUUACAUGGACAAAUCAAAGAAUAAGAAAAAUGAUGAAACAGAACAAACAGAACAACAACAAACAAUAACAGAAAUUGUUCCUAAUAAUUCCUCUGAUUCUGAAGAAUUAUCAGAAGAACAAACAACAGCUACACCACCUACAGAAAUGGAACCACAAAAUCAACAGGUUCAACAACAUCAACAACAUGUGUCUCCAAUUGUUCAUGAGGAACAUACAAUAGUUAAUGUUAUGGAUCAUUACUUUGACCAAGAUUGGAGCUGCAUGUAUAAUGGGUUGUUAGAGUUUCAAGACACAAACAUGGAUUUCAACAAAGGCGGUGAAGAUUUAAUUGACAUAUUCGAUGGCUCGGGUUUUGUGGAAGACAUUGGUUUAAUGUUCAACACAGAAGAACCUUAUGGUGGUGUUGAAAGUGAUAUCAAUAUUAGUGAAGUUUUGAAGGGUAUUGAUUGUGGAGGAUUAUUAAAUGGAGAUGUUGGAAACAUGUUUGUGAAUGAUGAUGAUAACAAGAAGGAGAAGGAACUAUUAUCCUUAGAAUCUUCUUCACCAUCAUCUUCAACAACUACAUUUUCUUUGUAAUAUUCUAUUUGAUUUUGAUGUGUUGAUCAAUGGUGAUGUUGGAUUAAGCUACAUGGAAUAGAAUUUGUUGGGUUUGUUUAGAAAUUGUUGGUUGGAAUGUGUUGUUUGGGAUUGGUGGGUAGAUUGAUGUGAAGAUUGGGUGAAUUGUGAAAGUGUUACAAUUGGUUUUAGAUUUUUCUUGUCUUUCAUUUUAGGUUUGGAUUUUAGUAGACAGCAAAAAGGAGCAUAAACCAUAUUUAAGUGUUUUUUUUUUUUAGCAAACUAGUUUGUUCCUUUGUUUUGUUUUUCUCCAUUGGUUAAUAAGAUGGAGAAAUGGAACAAUUAAAGAUAUAUCUUUUUCUUGAGAAAUAAUGCAAUAUUCAUCUAAGAGUGGGCUAAGAAUAUAGACAUUUUGGAGAGUUUCUUUUGC